AUGGAGAAGAUUGAUAUACUUAUUCAGGGCACAAAUGUUCGUAUUCAUCAUCUAUUCUUGAUGAUGACAAAACGUAACUGGAAUGGUAGUAGUGAGGUUGACAACAUAGCGGCAACAGUGCAAUACACUGGUUUUUUACUUUGUAACCCAGGUUGCAAUCCUUGCUUUCCCCUACAACAACCUAAUUUCCCAUACAAUAGAUCUCAGAGUUACAAGCCUAUUCCUUGUGGUGACCCAACCUGUCCAACUCCAAACCAGGAUUGCUUUCAAUCAUUUUGUGGAUUCAAGAUAAGUUAUGGGAAGGACCCUCCAACCUCAACAGCAGGAGCCAUUGUAAGAGAGACCUUAACCUUCCCUUCUGAUUUUGGAGGUACAGAAUCUUACAACGAUUUAUUCUUGGGUUGUGGCUUUAAGAGCUACCACUAUGAAUUUCAACAACCGAAUAAAAUUAGUGGGGUUUUGGGCUUAGGGUUUGGAGGCACUGGAACUCUUUCCUUCUUGAAACAAGUAAGCAAAAAACGUUUUUCUUACUGCCUAUUAAACUCUGAACACACCAAUUCUCAGUUAUAUAUUGGAGGUGCAAAGAUGGUAGGACCACAAGUGCUAUCAACACCAUUGCUGAGAGGAUCAAAUGAAGCACUAUACUAUUUGGACUUACAAGAUAUUAGUAUCCAAAAUAUUCGUCUUAGACUACAGGGAUUGUUUUCUGGGGGUUCUGCCAUAGAUUCAGGAAGUCCGGUAACUAUACUUCUUCCUAAUGUUUAUGCUCGUGUGAAAAUUGGCUUUGUUCAGUACUUUGAACAAUUUCAUAUUCAACCAUACGAUAGUGGAAGUAGACCCAGAGAUGUGCCAAUGUUAGAUCUCUAUUUCCCAAAUUCGUUUGGUUUUGAUAGGUAUCCAACUAUGACAUUCCAUUUCAAAGGAGCUGACCUUGUUGUGCAACCCAAUGGUAUAUUUGCGUUUGGGAGAAAUUAUUUUUGUGUUCUACUUAAAUCAGGCCCCGUUACAAUGAUUGGAGCUUUUCAGCAAACGCAACACAAGUUCUCCUAUGAUUUUGAGUUGGGAGAUGGAAGACGAGGAGAAAUUGGUGCUCUUCGCUUUGCUCCUCAGGAUUGUGGGUCCCCUGCUUAA